AUGGCCAUGUUCCGCUUGUCAAAUACCCCGCGAUUCACACCACGUUGUCCGAAUAGACGACAAAGAAUAGCGUGGGUAGCACAGGUACAAUUUUCUUCUUCCAGAGCUAGUAUUUCUCAAACGACAUUUUCAAUACCAAUCCAACCGGGAAUUAUAUCUCAAAGCUGGAGAGAAUACAGUUUGGGUAGAGCUCGAAUUACCGGUGAUAUAUCUCAGACAAGAAUCAAUCCGAGGAUUAUUCAUCGCAAUAUGGCUUCAUCUACCGAUACGACUUUGAAGGGGAAGUACCCGGCGAAAGAACAUGUGAGGAAGGUCGUGGAGUAUAUUAAGAGUAAGGAGCCCGAGGCAGAGGGAGUCUUGUAUUUGGAGGCGCAGAAGACGGUUAUGAUUGAGGAUAAUGAUGAGGCUGCUCCUUUCAGACAACGACGCUUUUUCUACUAUCUCACCGGCUGCGAUCUCCCUGACGCUUACUUUACCUAUGACAUCGCAAAAGACAAAAGUACUCUCUUCAUUCCACCAAUCGACCCGGAAUCAGUCAUCUGGACUGGUCUUCCUCUUUCUCCUAAAGAAGCACUCGCCCGUUAUGACGUCGACGAAGUCCUCACAACCGAUACCAUAAACGCGCAACUGGCCCUCCCAAAUCAAACAAAGGUCUGGGCUAUCGCGCCCCAGAUUUCUACCCACAUCACCUUCCUUGAAUUUCCCCAGAAAGAUUUCACGCUUCUUAAAGAAGCUAUCGAAGAAGCUCGUGUACGCAAAUCAGAAUACGAAGUUGCGUUGAUGAGAAAGGCGAAUGAGAUUUCAAAAGUGGGACACACGGCAGUUUUGAAGGCAGUUAAACAUGCAAAGAAUGAAAGGGAAUUAGAGGCGCUUUUCAUUAAAGAGAGCAUUGCGAACGGAGCGAGAGAACAAGCUUAUCACAGUAUUGUGGCUAGUGGUACUGCGGCUGCUACAUUACAUUAUAUGAAGAAUUCAGAAGAGUUGGAGGGAAAAUUGAAUUUGCUUUUGGAUGCUGGAGGAGAGUAUCAAUGUUAUGCUUCGGAUAUUACAAGAACCUUUCCCAUAAACGGCCACUUCACGCCCGAGUCUCGCUCCAUCUACGAUAUAGUACUCUCCAUGCAAUCGCAAUGUAUCUCCAUGCUCAAAGCCGGCGUUUCCUGGGACGAAGUACAUCUCCUUGCCCACAAAGUCGCAAUCGAGGGACUUCUCUCCUUAGGAAUCUUGAAAGGUGAUAGAGAAGAGAUUUUAAAAGCAAGAACAAGUGUAGCGUUUUUCCCGCACGGAUUGGGUCAUUAUCUCGGAAUGGAUACGCAUGAUACUGGUGGACAUCCAAAUUAUGAAGAUAAGGAUAGAUUGUUCAGGUAUUUGAGAGUCAGGGGGAAUUUGCCAGAGGGGAGUGUAGUCACUGUUGAACCGGGUAUUUAUUUCUGUCGCUUCAUCAUCGAACCAUAUCUUAAAGAUCCGGCACAUGCUCAAUAUAUCAACUCGGAUGUUUUGGAGAAGUACUGGGAAGUUGGAGGUGUCAGAAUUGAAGAUAACAUUCUGAUCACGAAAGAUGGUUAUGAUAAUUUAACGACGGUGGUCAAGGAUGUGGAGGAGAUGGAAAAGAUUAUUAAUGAGUCUUAGUUGAAGAAUUGGCGAGAUAGGGGAGUGGUUCUUGAUAUAUAACCUUGAAAGGUUUAGAUUAUGAAUAUUUUGGGAAAAUGUGAAAAAUGUGAAAAUCGUGGUGAAUUGAGAAUGUGCAUGAUUUUUGUUAGAUCAUACUAAGAGUUCUGAAUGAUUUAUUGAGUCAAUACAUAAAUCAACAAAUAGAUACUCGAGUAGAUGAACGA